CAUCGAAGAAGGUCUUAAUGUAGCUCGCCGUAUGCUUGGACACCGUAUCUACACUGAGCAAACAGGCGAUUCUGGACAACAGUGUUCUACCGUGAUGGUCUGUGAACGAAAAUAUUCACGCCGGGAACAUUACUUCGCCAUCGUGCUCGAUCGAGCCACUUCUGGUCCCGUAGCUAUAGGCAGUAGUCAGGGAGGAAUGAACAUUGAAGAGGUAGCUGCCGAAACUCCAGAGGCGCUCAUCAAGGUGAUUCUCGUUCUAAUAUUUAAUCACUGUUAA